UUUACUCGCGGUGACAUCCCACUGUACGGCAGAGGAAAGGAAGAAACCACUACGAAAACAACUGCUAGCUGCUUUGCCAAGGCUUUCACAUACGUUUUAUUAACGGGAUAAAACUAUGUCCAAUGACCACCACAAGAAUCCUGGCGAGGAAACAAACCGGGCUUCGCUGCAAACAGUGUCCAGGAAAGACGAGAGCUGCGCCGUGCCCUCGUCUUUGCCCUCCGGUACCAAGAAUUCAGUAUCAUCUGAAAUCAACGACGAGCUUCAAUUCAUGAACGCGAGCCUGAAGUGCGGUGACGGCAUCGUGGCGCGGUCCCCAGAUGACAGAGCCCCGUCGUUGUCAAUCCCUGCACUGCUAAGUGACUUCGUGGAUGAAUCCGCGGAUAACUUCUCGCAAGCUACGCCUACCGGUAGCUCCAGCGAGAAUAGGAACAACGGACCCGUGUGCCGUAUCUGCCAUGGAGGUGACCAAGAAGGAGCGCUCGAGUCUCUUUGCAGCUGUGCUGGAACCAUGGGCUUCGUCCACGUGUCUUGCCUCGAACUAUGGCUUAACGCGCAGAAAGUGGACUACUGCGAACUCUGCGGUCAGCGUUUCCCGAUGGAGGCCCAACCUUGCAAUGUGCUUAGAUUUUUUCAUUGGGUUUCGCAAAGCAACUGGCAAGUAAAGCGAAUGCUGCUUGGCCACUUGCUUUUCUUAAUCAUGUUGAUAACGCUAACGGCCUUUGUGUUUUUUCUUGUGCACCUGGUAUCGGCGUUGGAAGACCGAAAGCAGUACUCCCUUUUUGAAAGGACUUUGGGGGCGUUUUACUUCGGUAUGACAACUGUAACUUUGAGAGGCUUGCACAAACUUGCAUUCGACAUGCUGAGCAAAUUGUACGCCGAUUUCCUUGCGUGGAAGUUGGAGAAUCCAAUGCUCCGGAUCGCACGACUGCAUUCUGAUCGAGCUGUGGAUCUUGCGAAAACAAAAUGACACGACGUCAGGAAAGUGGAAGAGCCAGGGACAUCUGGUUGGCGUCGCCACCGCUGGCAUCAAGUUGGAGCCAAUGACGUGCAAUCAUGGCGGUGGGUAUUACCAGCCGUUUUUUUUUUCCUCAGAAAAACAAUUUCUACGAAUACCGGCCUUCGCAUAGGGCCAUGACCGGCUGCGGACCUACGUGUUUCAUGCUUUUGCCGACAUCGUGUAGUAGUACCGUUUAUUGCAUCAUUGUUGCUAAUUGUUCUUGGUCAUUUUAAUGUUUGCUUUUAAGUCAUGCUCUCUGCUAUGCAGUUUUUUCAUAUUCAUGUGCUAGAUACUCAUGAUAUCUUCGGCAGUUUUAGCAUUUGAUUAUUCCCCUGCCCUCAUAAUAAAAUGGUUUUAUGUAUAUUCAAAA